UCGGGAAUCAUGUUCGAAAGCAUAAGUUUUUUGUUUCUAUUCGCCCUGGCCUUCGUUGCCUGGGUCCUGCUCUGCUUCCAGCACGUGGUCCAGAUUCAGACGCGUGGCUCCUCCGAUUUCCGCGUGGACUCUACACAGCACCCUGGAAUAACGUUUAAGCCGCAGCUGUGCCACAGUCCUUCAGAGCAGAAUCCCUCCGGAGGAGCCUUUGAGUUCGCAAAGAGCUUCGGGGUAAUCUUCGCCAUGACCUUGGGCUUGUCCAAAGUGCUCCAACUGGCGGAGGUGCAGGUCAAGAGCUACCUCAAGUGUCGCCAUGCCCUGCCUUCGGGGUCUGCAUUCCAAGCCGAGGAACUUGCCCAGGAGCAGCAGAUACCGUGCCAACCGAACCCAUCGAAUCCCUCUCUGAUGGACCACAACGAGGAACUGAAGGAACAACUCAGUGUCCUGAAAUCGCAGUGCCUGGUAAUGCGUGAUCUCCUUCAAGAGCUGCGGAACAGCAGCAGUUCAAGUAGUUACGAGAGUGCCGAAUCCGGAAAAGAGACUCCGAUGCCCCAGCCGUCCGAGGAACCCAUAGUGUUGUGGAAGCGAUCGGACUCCAUAACCGAAACAGUGUCCGGAUCAUCGCACGUGGCCACUCGAUCGGCCAAUUCUCAGCCAGGCCAGAGCAUUUUCAUCAGCCACAGCCAUAUCCACAUCAACUCGAGCUUCUAUCUGACGGAGAAUCGCGUGAACGUCGACCUCUGCCGGCAGGCAUCGAUGUACGCCAGGAAGCGGAGUGAGUUCUACCAGGUGUACGGCAAGUACAUCAGCGGACCCGAGGAGCGCCCCAAUGUUACCGGGAUGCGAUGCAACAACAUCCUCUUGUGAGAAUCCAAAAUCCUCUAUUAAACUCGUAAUAAACAAAGUUAAUAGACGCA